GCGCAGCGCAGGAUCCCCGCGCCCCACGCCCAGGCCCGCGUGCACCCAGGCCAAGGGACUCCCCAGCCCGGAGGGACGAGUUCCCGCGGCGGGGCUCGUGGAACCAGAGCCGGCCGUGCCAGGGCGGGCGCCUCCAGGCCACCAGAUGUUCACCAUCCAGCCAGGGGUAGCUGAAGGGGGCCAGUUCCUAGGGGGCCUGCCUCCUGGAGUAUGUCAGCCUGAGUUCCACCCAGACAGCAACUCCAACUUCAUGGCAAGUGCCAAGGAUGCCAAUGAGAAUUGGCAUGGGAUGCCAGACCCAGUGGAGCCCAUCCUGAUGAGGAGGUCCUCCGAAUUGUCCUCUGACAACCAGGCCUUCCAGGCCUCUGGACUCCCUGAAGAGGAGGUCCGUAGUCCACCAGAGGGGGCAGAGAUCCCCAGAGCUGAGCCUGAGAAGAUGAGUAGUGCCGGCACAGUCUGCUCCCCUCUGGAAGACAACGGCUAUGCCAGCAGCUCUCUAAGCAUUGACAGCCUUAGCAGCAGCCCUGAGCCUGCCUGUGGGACCCCUCAAAGCCCUGGCCCUUCAGAUCCCCUUCUGCCCUCAGUGGCCCAGGCUGUGCAGAAGCUGCAGGCUCAAGAGCGCUACAAAGAACAGGAGAAGGAGAAGCACCACGUGCACUUGGUGAUGUACCGCCGCCUGGCCCUGCUGCAGUGGAUCCGAGGCCUGCAGCACCAGUUGGUUAACCAGCAGGCCCGCCUUCAGGAGAGCUUCGAUACCAUCCUAGACAACAGAAAGGAGCUUAUCCGCUAUCUCCAACAGAGGGCAGCACCAUCCAGGCCCCAGGACCAGGGCUAAGAGUGUGCCUCCCCUGGGGUGCAAGGGUAUAUGUAAAUGUAUAUAUUUGCAGGCAUGUGUGUGAUGAUUAGCUGGUAUGAGUGCAGGUAAGCAUAAGUGAGUAUGUAUGUGCUAACAUAUGCCAGGCAUGUGUGAAUCAGUACCUGUGCAUCAGCUUAGGUGUGCUGUGUGUACACACAGGCAAACGUGUGCAGGCUUAUCUAUGAGUGUGUCCAUCUUUGUAUGUAUGGCAUGUAUGUAAGAGAGAGUUAAUUUGUAUAUGCAUGUGUGAACAGUACCCAACAGUGUGUAUAUAUGUGCAUGAAUGAGGAUAUGUAGUUGACCCUUGAACAAUGCAAGUUUAUACUGCAUAGGUCCGCUAACGUGGAUUUUUUUCAAUAAAUAUGUACAGUACUGU